AUGGUGUACUGUGCAGGUGAAGGUGCUCUCUGUUCUGAGUGUGGGCAUGAAGGUCCACGUUCAGCAACUGGGGUUGGCCCCCCAGUCACAGGGGCCUGCGUGUCCGUSGUGCAGCACCUGGUGAGACCACAGUGUGUGAAUGCAGCGUGUGCGGGUGUCAGCGAGGAACUGCUAGCAAAUACGGAGUUCAAGGACCCACUUGGUAGGAUAAGACUCUUGGGAGCCAGGUAUUGCGGUGGCCAGAUACCAGAGAGUGGUAGACAAGAAUGUGACCUUUUCACUCUAUACGACAUCAAAAAGGUUAUGUACAAUUGUGCUUCUAUUGAGGUUGAUGGUGAAUGUGCUUCAGCAGCCACAGCAGAAUCACACAUCCGCUUUGACCUAAGCUUCAGGCAAUGCUCUGAUCUGGCAGAGCCUAAUAUCUCGGAUUACAUUUAUGAGGAAGACCUAAUUACAGAACCGUGUUCUAAGACGGAAGUCAGAAACUUCACAAAAGUAUUUCUGCCAGUUGCAUAUUCGUUGAUUUGUGUCAUCGGCCUAGUUGGUAACAUCUUUGUAGUGAUGACUUUUACUUUAUAUGAAAGAACCAAGUCCAUGACGGACGUAUACCUCCUCAACAUGGCAAUUGCAGAUAUCCUGUUUGUUCUCACUCUCCCACUAUGGGCAGUGAAUUAUGCUGCUGACACAUGGAUUUUCAGCGAUUUCAUUUGCAAAAUGAGCAGAGGUAUCUACGCAAUCAACUUCAACUGCGGCAUGCUGCUUUUGACCUUCAUCAGUGUGGACCGCUACAUAGCUAUUGUACAGGCAACAAAGUCAUUUAAACUCAGGACAAGAAUGUUAACAUACAGUAAACUGAUUUGUUUGAUUGUAUGGAUAGCAUCAAUUUUGAUUUCCACUUCCUCUUUCCUAUACAGUAAAAGUUACACCUUCUCUAUCAAUGAAACCAAAGAAAUCUGUGAUCACAGUUACGACAAAUCUCCCGACAGCAUAACGCAGAAAUUAGUGCUGCUGAUUCUACAGUUUGGAUUUGGCUUUUUUAUCCCUUUUGUUUUCAUGAUUUUUUGCUACACGUUCAUUAUCAAAUCCUUGCAACAAACACAAAAUUCAAAAAGAAACAAAGCAAUCCGUGUGAUUGUAAUUAUUGUAGUUGUUUUCUUGGUUUGYCAGGUACCCCAUAACAUCAUUCUUCUCAUAACAGCCACAAAUCUGGGCAAGAUGGACAAAUCUUGUGACAGUGAAAAGAAAAUGGCAUAUGCAAAAUACACCACAGAAGCCAUCGCRUUCUUACACUGUUGCUUGAAUCCCGUGCUCUACGCAUUCAUUGGAGUGAAGUUCCGAAGCUACUUUGUGAAGAUAAUGAAAGAUCUGCGGUGCAUGAGAUACAAGAAAUACAACAGCCGAAGCUCAAGGACAAAUUCUGAUACUUACCAUUCAAGACAAACUAGUGAAAUUCUGAGCGAAAAUGCAUCUUCUUUUACUAUCUAA